AUUCACUCUUUUUCUCCACUUUUUGAUCCGUCUUUUUUUUUUUUCCUUCUGUUAAUGGCAACACAACAGACACACUCCGAUAUUGAAAAAUUGGAUCAUAUCGAUGAUACAGCUAUCAAGGAUGACAGUCUCGCCAGCGAAACGGCAGCUGAAGAUUUAGACGUUGCUACGCCGGAACCUGAAAACAAGAACAAGAAGACAGGACUACUGCAAAAUCCCUAUUUUUGUGGAUUCCUACUCAUUCUCGCAGGAUGUGCUAUUGCCGUUCAAGCUGGCUGCAAUGCGACCUUGAAUCGCUAUGGUGGACGAUCCUUCUCUUCCGUGGUAACCUUUGUCAUGGCGGCCAUUUGUUGUUUCAUUUUCUUUGUGGUGGAUCUCUCGUUUCUCGGAACCCCUCGUCCUACCAGCCGAUUGAAAGAUGCACCGUGGUUUGCCUGGCUAGGUGGAAUACUAGGUGCUUAUUAUGUCAUUAUCAAUAUUUUAACCGUCGCUAGAUUGGGUGCUGGCACCGUUCUAAGUAUAUUUGUUUGUGCACAGGUCAUUAUGGCAUGCAUUAUCGAUCAUUUUGGUCUCGUCGGUGUUGCGAAACGACGUUACACAUUGUGGAGAAUGCUCGCUUCCCUGGGUUUAAUCGGCUGUGUCGCCGUCAUUGCCAGAUUCUAAGUAAUGUGACAACCCAAGUCAAAAAUGUAGAACCAGUAUAUAGCAAUUGAACGUCGUGCAAAUAGAUAACCUUGUCUCCGAAAACACACCAUUCGUGUUCCCAUGUUGCAAAUAGUGUCAAUGAAACUUUUGGUGAUCUACUAUAAUCUAUUUGUGAAAGGAAGUCAUAUUGUCGUUCACUUCGAAUUACAGUUGUAUGGCGGCAUUGCUUAUCAAGCACCAAGCUCGUAGUUAAGUUUUGAGUAAAGGUGUAAUCAGAGUAGAACUUAGGGUCACGUGGAUAUCCCACUAUCCAAAAUACCCCAGUUGACGUUGCAUCUGUAAUGAUUCGACCGAUAAUAAACCAAAUGAAAUUGCUCUAGGU